AUGACGCCGGCUGUACAUGUGGUGGCUGCUAAACAUAAUCCUAUUUCAUUCCGUGGGUUACUCAGGGAAAUGCCCGUUAGAACUUGUGGCCUUCGAAAUAUGGACUACCUCCUGAGUACAUUGGAAGAGGCGAUUGUGGAAACGCGCAGUACGCCUCUCGAAAAUCGACCGCGACUUCCCCGCUUAGCCCUAAGCAAGCGGAAUCGGGCUGUCGUGAGAGCUCUGAACUCAGUGCUGGUUACCUAUUUGGAAGCCAGCCGGGACCUUUGUGAGACGGACUCAAUUCUUUUUGGCGGCGCACUGUCAGUCUGCCGUAUUAUAGGCGCCAAACUUUCCACGGCUGGACGUGCUACUGGACAAAGUAGUGCUAUCCCAGCCUGGAGAAUAAGAAUUGAAGAACUUAUCGCAAAGGCUAGGGCCCUCAUCGGCAGACUGAUAUGCUUCAGGUCAGGCAAUACCAGGCCAAGGAUUGUGCGCACCGUCAGGAUGGCGUUUGCUGGGACAAAUGCUAGUUUGUCCCAGCCGGAUAUAAUACAAAAACUGACGGAGCGCAUAGACGACCUGAAGCAAAGAAUCGCUGCUUGGGGAAAGCGGAUUCGGCGAUAUACCGAGAGGUUGACACGUUUCAACCAAAAUCGUCUCUUCGAGAGUGAUCAGAAGAGGCACUAUAAAUCAUUGGAGCGACCAAUAGUAAGUGGAACGGGCCCAGCACCAAAUUAG